AUGUAAAUGGCUGCAUUCGAGAACGACGUGUGCUCUGUCCUUAUUCAUCUUUUCGUGAAUUACAAAGAUAAAACAACAACGUUAACAAUAAAAUCGUCGUUCUCGAAUACUAUCUUAUAUAUAUAUAUAUAUAUAUAUAUAGUUGCCAAACAGCUGUGCUGUUAGCUAAUAUAUUUAGUACAAUCUUCGUUCUGUGGUUAUUGAACUUGAACAUUAUUAAUAAUCAUAUGAUUUAUUUGUGAUAGUGAUUUUUGAAUAUUUUUUGUCGUCUAUCAGCUAAUUGUGAAACAAUAUGGAGACGUCUGAGAAAAGAGAAAUUCCGACACUACUGAGGAAAGUUUUGGCAGUGGAUGCUUAUUUGACAGAUGAGUUGGUUAAGUUGGCAGAAAAAUUUUUACCCUUAAAACAGUUAAAAGUACAUUAUAAAUUAUUAGAGGUAUCGUGUCAUGGUAUUGUUUGGCUAGCAAUUUCUCUCGUAUUAAUUUGGAUUUUUAACAGCAAAAGCUUGUAUCAAAUGCAAGUAAAUCUUCUAAUAGGUUUGUUGCUUGAUAUUAUCUCGGUAGCUUUGAUAAAAGCAAUCACAAGAAGAAGACGGCCAACCUGCACACAGGUUCCAUUUUCUCUAGGUCCUGAUAAAUAUUCCUUUCCAUCUGGACAUGCUUCUCGAGCAGCAUUUAUUGUGUAUUUCUUCUUUCAUUUAUGGUCUACAUCUUUGAUAUACGCACCACCUUUAUUAGCAUGGUCUUUCUCCGUAUGUAUGUCUAGAAUAUUGUUAAGAAGACAUCACAUACUUGAUGUGCUUGUUGGAGUACUUUUAGGUAUCUUUGAAGGCCUAAUUAUAGGUUAUAUUUAUUUAGAACAAGAGACAUGCAUUAAUUUAGUAUCUUGGAUUACGGAUGUGAAGAUACAUGAAUAAUAGUAUUUAAAUAAUUCGUUUUAGAAAUAUGUAUGUGUGAAAUAAUAUUAUUUUCAAUAUUUUUGUGUACAAAUUUGUUUUGUACACUUUACAAUUUUGUGUAUAUAUCAAACAUGUUUCUAUGUGAAGCAGUACAAAACAGUGUAAAAAAAUAAAAAGCCUUGUAAAGAAAUAAUA